AUGGAGAAGGAUGAAUUGAAUGUCAACUCCUCCACAAAGGCAGACAUGUCGAACCCCGGCACUUCGACGGCUGUUUCGUCUGAUGUUGAGACGAUACCGGCGCCGUCGACUCCCGCUGAGCCUAUCCCAGAGGGACCAUUAAAUCGUCAGAAGACCCCAGAACCGGGCCAGACAACCAUCGUGGAAGACGAAGUCAAUGAAGAGAUCACUGAAGGGACGGUCGGGCAUUACAUGGUGGUGAUUGGGGGAUUCUGCGGCAUGUUCGCGUCUUUUGGAUGGCGCGCGGGCUCGGGUUUCUUCCAGGGGUAUUAUCAGCAGGAUCAACUGCGAGACUACAGCCCUUCCACCAUUGCCUGGAUCAAUAGCGUGGGGUUCUUCCUCAUGUAUUUCGGUGCCUGCAUUGUCGGACCAAUAACUCAGCGUAUUGGACCGCAGCCUCUUCUACUGAUCGGGUCGGCGAUGCACAUCGCCGGCCUGCUGGGGGCCUCCUGGUGCACGAAGUUCUACCAGUUCUUCCUGACGCAAGGCGUGAUCAGCUCGCUGGGCGCGAGCGCGUUGUUUUUCAUCAGCGUACAAACUAUGGGCCGGUGGUUCGAGCGGCAGCAAGCUCUUGCAAUUGGCAUCGCUGCUAGCGGUGUCAGUGCCGGCGGCAUCGUCUUCCCGCUAAUGAUCCAGCACUUGAUUCCGAUCAUUGGAUUCAGCUGGACCAUGCGCUGCGCGGUCCUGGUCCUGUUGGUUCUCACCACCAUCAGCAAUCUGACAUUACGUUCGCCACCUGAGGCCCUGAGAGCGCGCCGGCGCAUGCGCAUGGCCAUGCCUCAGGACGGGAGCUGCCGGGCAGGACUCUGGGACCGGCGACUCUGGCUAACCAUCGCCGGGACCACGCUCUUCGCGAACGGUUAUUUCGUCGUGCUCACAUUCCUAACCACCGUGGCGCAUCUGCGCGGGUGGAAAAACGACGUGGACUCGCUAGUGGUGCUCAAUGGAGCUAGUUUCUUCGGUCGCAUCAUUCCCGGAAUGAUAGCCGGUCGCGUCGGCAGCUUCAACACCAUGUGCGUGCUGGGCAUGCUAUCCACGGUGCUUGUUCUCGGGCUCUGGCUCCCCGACAGCGGGUUCGGCGGAGCAGUCGUUUUUUCCGUCACGUUCGGCUUCACCUCGGCAAGCACAGUGUCCUUGGGGCCAGCCAUGUUGUUCCAGAUGUCAGACCUACGAAGUAUCACGCGCAACCUAGCGGUACUAUACCUGGUGCAGUCGUUCGCGGGACUCACGUCGAGUCCCAUUGGCGGAGCGCUGCUCGACGUCGGGCACAAGGGCGCGCUGUAUCUUCAGCUGUUCUGUGGGCUGAUGACGGGAGUUGGGACCCUGAUAACAUUAUUGGCUCGGCACUGGUUAACCAAGGGUGCGUUGUGGGCGAAGAUCUAG